AUGGGACCCAAGGCCGAUAGACCAGAAACCGUGAAGCCCGGCAUCACAGAUCUUCCCCGUCUUCCUGAGUAUCAGCCAAUGACUGGAAGUAUAGACCUCUUGAACUGGCUCACUCAUAUUCAGCCUAUCAUGGAGGACCUUUCAGAUACAAGCUAUGCCUGGUGGGAGGGGACGCUUCAGGAUGCAGCGGUGGAGGCGCUACGAAAAUGGACUUUAUGGCGACGCAGAGCGUCGUCCAUCGGCAUUGCCGAGCCGGACGCGUCGGUGUUGAUCCAGGGCCUCGACCGCAUCACCACGAAGGUCGUGAAGGCCAACAGCGAGCUGAGUUUCCGUGUGUCGCUCAUCCGGAGCACUUUGCAGGCCGAGAUGGAGCAACAAGCAAGGCUGUCUGUCACCCAGGGCCCUGGAGGCCAUGCUCAGCGGAAGGUUGAGUUUGUUGAGGGUGAAGGAGAGAUUCGCGCGAAGGUGCUACAGGUUCUGUCUGAGGUUCAGCAUCUUCCUAUGGUCAAGUCGUUGAUGGACAAGAUUCGGGAGUGGAUGUCUACGGCUUCCCCGUCUUCUGCGUCCAAGAGGCUGGCUCUGUUGGACUCGGGAGCCACCCAUGUGCUUCGGGCUCCUACGACCUCAGCGGAAUGGGAGCUUGCUCGGGAAGUCAAAGUCCAGUUGGCUGGGGAUUCGGUUAUGGCUAUGAAACAGAAUGAAGCGGGCUCCCUGUUGACGGGAGACCAGCUGGCCCAGGUGAUCGUUCCCCUUGGCAAGGUCAUCCAGGAUUUGGGGUAUCGGUUGUUGUGGACUUCCGAAGUCUGUGAGCUUGUGGGACCUCAAGGAGAUGUUCUACCACUCACCAUUAGGAAUGGAUGCCCUGAGGUCAGUGAAAAGGUCGCCUACCACUUGAUCCAGCAGCUGGAGGCUCAGCAGCUUCCUGAGCUUGAGGGCGUUACCCAAGCCUCUAUCUCGGCAAUUGCAAAGUUGAAGUCAAGCUGGUGGUCCUACUUGAAGGAGUAUGUCAAAACGGGUGAUGUGACCGAGGCCCACCGUGCCGUUGACAAGGCCCCCUUCUUCGACUACAAAGACGCCAUCAAGGAACAGAUGAUUACCAGAACUCCCCGUGAAGGGAUUUGGAACUUGAUGAAGAGUUUGAGAGUGAAUAG